AUGGUAUUUUCGUGUUGUGUGAAAGGUUGUAGAAGUGAAAGUUACCCUGGAUGUGGUUUGUCAUUCCAUAGUUUCCCGGUGAAGGAAGAUGCACUGAAAGCAUGGCUCAAAGUAGUUUCGGUAAAAGGAUCUACUAAAUACAAAAAAGUUUGCUCUAACCAUUUCAAAAGUCAGGAUUUUGUUAUCCAAGGAGCCAGAAAGCGCUUAACAGCCAAUGCAGUGCCAUCAGUUCUAGUAACGAUGCCCAUGGAAACUGUGAAGGUGAUCAGUAAUAUUCACAUAAAACCACCAAACAUCAUGGCUCACCAAGAUGUUCCAGCUAAUUCAAUGAAAAUUGAUAUGUGUUACGAGUCAGUGCCAAAUACAUCUUCUCAGGAAAUCACGUUAAGAAAGCGACCAUUGUCUGAUUUGAGCCCUUCACUCAAUAUUCCCCAAUCAAAUAAAAGGAAAUGUGUCGCGCAUAAGUAUGUACAAACAUCAAGAGGUAAAGAAAAUAGUCAAAUAAAAAGAGAAGUUAAAAUUCUUAAACAAAAAUUAAAACGCAGAGAUUUGAAGAUUACGUCGAUGAAAAAUCUUCUUAGUGUAGUGAAAAAAAGGACUAUGCAUUAUGAAGAUAUUGAGAGUAUCAUUAGAGAUCAUUUUUGCAAUAUUUAUUCAGAAUUUAAACCUAAAAAUAAAUCUAAGAUAUCACCAGGUGUAAGAUAUAGCAAGGAACUUAAGCAGUUUGCUCUAACUCUUAAUUACUAUUCUCCACGGGCAUACAGAUUCUUGCGCACAUGCAUUAAUUUGCCACAUCCUGCUACAAUUCGCAAGAUGCUUUCUUCUGCAGAGUGUAAUGUCGGUUUCCUUAAGGAAGUUUUUUGA